GCAACCAAACUCAUAUUACAAUACCCACUCGCUCUCUCUCCCCCUCCCUCUCUCUCUUUUCCAUCUCUCUCCCUCGAGUUUCCGUUUGCUACUUGAUUAGUUCUUCUUCUUCAAUCGUCAAUUCCGUCCAUCGUUUGAGGGUUUUCGCAGGAUUUGAAUCACAUCAAAUCAUUAACUAUUAUACAUUAUAUUUAUUAAUUACAGUAGAAAAUGAAGCUGCUGUCGAGGAAAGCUGCGUGCAACACUCACGGCCAGGACUCGUCCUACUUCCUGGGAUGGCAGGAGUACGAGAAAAAUCCAUAUGAUGAAAGUCACAAUCCCACAGGAAUCAUUCAGAUGGGCCUAGCUGAGAAUCAGCUCUCCUUUGAUCUUCUCGAAUCAUGGCUAGCCAGCAAUCCCGACGCGGCCGGGUUCAAGCGAGAUGGGCAGACCAUUUUCAGAGAGCUGGCCCUUUUCCAGGAUUAUCACGGCCUCCCUGACUUCAAAAAGGCAUUGGUGGAAUUCAUGUCAGAAAUUAGGGGCAACAAAGUGAGCUUCGAUCCCAAAAAGCUUGUUCUCACCGCCGGUGCAACUUCGGCCAACGAGACCCUCAUGUUUUGCCUCGCCGACCCCGGCGAAGCUUUCCUCCUUCCCACUCCAUACUAUCCCGGAUUUGAUAGAGAUCUCAAGUGGCGAACCGGCGUUGAGAUUGUGCCGAUAAAGUGCACUAGCUCAAACGGUUUCCGAAUCACUGAAUCUGCUCUGGAAGAAGCCUAUCAAGCCGCCGGGAAACGCAACCUCAAAGUUAAGGGCGUCUUGGUCACCAACCCAUCAAACCCUCUCGGCACGACGUUGAACAGGCACGAGCUCAACCUCCUGCUCAGCUUCGUCACCGAAAAGGGCAUUCAUCUCAUCAGCGACGAGAUUUAUUCCGGCACAGUUUUUAGCUCCCCAGGCUUUAUAAGCGUCAUGGAGAUUCUAAUGGACAAGAAGUACUCCAUGAAUACUGAAGUCUGGAAGCGAGUUCACAUCGUGUAUAGCCUUUCCAAAGAUCUGGCUCUUCCUGGUUUUCGAGUUGGUGCCAUAUAUUCCAACGACGAUGUGGUCGUAGAGGCUGCCACUAAAAUGUCGAGUUUUGGGCUGGUUUCUUCACAGACCCAGUAUCUUCUCUCGGCAAUGCUCUCCGACAAGAAGUUCAGGAAAAACUACAUUUCCGAGAAUCAGAAGAGGCUCCGGCAUCGGCAAGAGAUGCUGAUAUCUGGGCUUGAAAGCGCCGGAAUUAGCUGCCUUAAGAGCAAUGCCGGUUUGUUCUGUUGGGUAGAUAUGAGACACCUCUUGAGCUCCGAAACUUUCGACGCGGAGAUGGAGCUCUGGAAGAAGAUUGUUUACGAUGUCGGCUUGAACAUAUCGCCUGGCUCGUCUUGCCACUGCGACGAACCGGGUUGGUUCCGGGUUUGCUUCGCGAACAUGUCCGCGGCGACUCUGAAUCUCGCAAUACAAAGGAUAAAACUUUUUGUUCAGUCCUCCACCGCCGCCGGCGACAAACAAAACCAAAGCUAUCACCAAUCACUCAAAAACUCGAGAAGAAAAUCACUCACCAAGUGGGUUUUUCGAUUAUCGUUCGAUGGCCGCGAGCCUGAUGAACGAUAAUCCAGUGUGAACAUAUUAUCGAUACGGAUCUUUCUUUUUCUUUUCUUUUUUUUUUUUUCUCAAUAUUGAAAUGUUGAGUUCGUUUUCUUUCUUCUUUUUGGAUCAAAAAAUUUAAUUAAUGUAGAGAGCGCACUCGGUCCAUGUGGAUUAGAAGUGGCUUCCCCUUUAUUUGUCAACCUUUUGGGUUCUUCCAAGACACCGUCUUGAAUUGUUCAAACCAUUAAACACAUCAUAUGAUUAUGAUUUGGUUUGUUUGGAAUUAAUUAGCUAACUUGUA